UUGUACUUUUUGAAUCCUUGCAGAUAUUCAAGAAAAAGAAGUCAGAGCGAUGGUGGGCAGCGACGUUGAGCUCAGCUGCGUUUACCCCGAAGAAAACAGUUUUGAUUUAAAUGACCUUUUCGUUUAUUGGCAAAUCCGUGAGGAACAGAAAACUGUGGUCGCUUGCUAUCUGUCCGGGAAUGACUCCACCGGCUACAGCCAUGACCGCUACCGGGACCGGGCCAGGCUGUCACUGGACCGCAUGAAACAGGGCGACUUCUCUCUGCAUCUCUACAACAUCACCCCCCAAGACGCACAGAAGUUUGACUGCCUGGUGUUCCGGAAAUCCUUGGAAUUGACAAAGAUUUUGCAAGUUGUGAUCACGCUGCAUGUGGCAGCAAAAUACAGCAUGCCUGUGGUCCAGCCCCCCAGAGACCCCUCCCAGGACAAGGAGCUCACCUUCACGUGUACGUCUAAGAAUGGCUAUCCGAGGCCAAAUGUGUACUGGAUCAACAAGACGAACAACAGGCUGCUGGACGAGGCCCUGCAGAACAACACGUUCUUCUUGAAUGAGAGGGGCUUGUAUGACGUGGUCAGCGUCCUCAGGCUCAGGUGGACCCCCAACGUGAACGUCGGCUGCUGCAUAGAGAACGUGCUUCUGCACCAGAACCUGACUGUCAGCAGCCAGACAGAAACGCUCACUGGGACGAAGGACAGCAUCACAGAGGACCCUCCCAACACCCACGAGGAGAGAAACAGGGCCGUGUUCAGCGUCCUGGCCAUCCUGGCUGUGGCCGUGGCCGUGGCUACAGGCUGGGUGUGCAGAAGCAGGUGUCCCUGUGGAAGCCACACAGGUGCCUGGCGGCGAGGCUGGAGCAGGAGCUCACCGACCACGUGUGACGAGAACUUACCACCCCGGGUGUGUACAGAGCUUCUGUGAGAUGCCACCAGGAGGGACGUUGGACGGCAGCUUGAGAGUUGACUCGGGCAGCUGGUGACAAAAGGGGCCUUCAUGGACCUGGAGCCUCUCUGGCCUGGAGGGGACAUGCAGGGGCUUCUCCUGGAAGGACCACGCCUGAUCACAGGAGAAUGUGCUGGGUGAUGCCCCGAUAUCGGAGUGAGGUCCUUUCAAAAGGGUCCACAGCUCUGGAACGUGAGUGCCCUGGGUGAGUG